AACACAAACAUAGCAAACAUUCCAUCAGAGGUGGACGAAAAAUCUUUGUUGUGAGAAACGAGGAUAACAGGAUUUUUUAGACUCACGGUUUUGACUAGUUAUCGCAAACUUCAUCGGACGGGCUUCCUUUUCCCGUAUUUCCAAUUGCUUACGGACCUCUUUUUUGUCGGAUAUUGUGAAAAGUAAAACAAGUUGCGACUUGAAUUGUGACUGGUGGAACGGCGUCCUAUAAUAGACGUUUUAAUUACUAACAAUUAGUUUCUCUAAUUAGAGUUUCUACACUCGUAUGAAAACCCACUCGUGUGACUGCAGGAAAAUAUUCUCGUCGGAUUCUCAGACUUUUCAAUUUCACAUAACACCAAUGUGCGACAUCACCGCGUGACUGAAUAGCCAAGGAAAUUCCCGCCAAACAAUAAACUUUUGUUUCAGCAACAAGGAAGUCUUCGCAACUCUCUGAAACCCGUCGAUUUCGUUGACUGCAAAACAACUCUGAUAUUUCAAUCUCGAGGGGAAUAUCUUUUGUUCAAUUCAGACAGCCAUUUUGGGCGAGCACAACAAUUCUUAUCUACAUGUGGUUGAUUCACACGGCAAACAGUGUUUGUAUCAAACAUUACUUGUGUGUUACGUCAUCAGAUAUCGCGGUUUACGUAACAUAAAUUCGGGUAAAUUCUGACCACUCCCAACACAUUUAUAUUGACCUAUUGGAUUUUUUGUUUGGAAUUUUCGAAUAGAGAUAGAUAGUUGUAACUCAACUGUGACGUUCCUUUCUUGUGACUAUUUUAACACCCAGAACGUUAACCCAAUAACAUGGCGACAGAAAACGGUGGAAUAUCCUACUCAAGUAAUCAGGUGGCGCUCGAUGGUAUCAGCGGAAGUGACGUAGGGAAAGAGAGCCCAUCAUGCGGCAGACGAUUUUUGCGCGGGCUGAAGAAAAAUCUCCUCCUUUUAUUGAUGAUUCUGGGAAUUGCUGCUGGUAUCGGCAUGGGUGCUGGAAUUCGUAUGGUGGAUCCCCCGUUCACGGAAAAGCAAGUGAUGUACUUCCGGUUCCCUGGAGACAUUCUCAUGCGCAUGCUCAAGAUGUUGAUACUUCCGUUGAUCGUCUCCACCCUGAUUGCAGGGUUAGCCAGUUUGGAUGCGCGUGCUUCCGGAAGGAUGGGACUAAGAGCUGUGAUCUAUUACUUCUCCACAACAAUAAUUGCAGUGAUAAUAGGCAUGAUUCUGGUAUCUGUGAUUCAACCAGGUGCUCAGUCUACAGUUACGGUGACUGGUGGUGAGGCGAAAGUUGUGGACACCGCGGAUGCUUUCCUUGAUCUCAUUAGGAACUGUUUCCCCGACAAUAUAGUGGUGGCGACCUUCAAGCAGUCCACCACGGCGCAAGUACCGAGGGUGGUCCAGCGGAAUGUCACGAUAAACCCUGAAGGAAACAGUACGGCAGCGCCGUAUAACACCACCAUUGACGUCACAGAGUAUGACGCAGUGCCGGGCAUGGGUGACGGCAUGAACGUGUUGGGUCUUGUAGUCUUCUCUAUUGCGUUGGGUCUCGUGAUCAGCAAGAUGGGGAAACAAGGAGAAAUCCUGACACAGUUUUUCGAGGCGUUGGGUGAGGCGACGAUGAGACUGGUAGCUGUAGUGAUUUGGUAUUCCCCCGUCGGUAUCAUGUUCCUCGUCGCCGCGGAAAUCAUCAAAAUGCCGGAUCCUGCUGAAGUUCUCCGACAACUUGGCCUUUAUAUGGCCACAGUCCUCGCCGGGCUCGCCAUCCACAGCAUAAUAGUCCUGCCUCUUAUAUAUUUCGUCUGCGUGAGGAAGAACCCGUUCAAAUAUAUUGCUGGCGUUGUACAGGCCAUGAUCACUGCGUUUGGUACAUCUUCAAGUUCCGCUACCCUUCCAGUCACGUACCACUGCCUCGAAGACAAAAAUGGCGUAGACCGCCGUGUGACAAGGUUUGUCCUCCCCGUAGGAGCAACAAUCAACAUGGACGGUACUGCUCUCUAUGAAGCGGUCGCGGCAGUUUUCAUCGCUCAGUUGAAUAAUGUUCCCUUGGACGUCGGGAAAAUUAUCACCAUCAGUGUCACAGCGACCGUCGCCUCUAUCGGGGCUGCAGGUGUCCCCCAGGCCGGACUCGUGACCAUGCUCAUCGUCCUCACGGCUGUCGGACUCCCCACUGAAGACGUCACGAAAAUACUCGCAGUUGAUUGGCUGUUGGACCGAUUCCGCACGACGAUCAACGUCAUGGGAGACGCCAUCGGCGCAGGAGUGGUCGAACACCUCUCAAGGCGGGAACUGAAGAAGCUGGACAGACUGGACGCCGCAACAGAUGCUGAGAAACAAGAUGAAGAAGAGCACACGACAAAACAGAAUGGCGGAUUUGAAAACAAGGCAUUCACGUCAAACGAAACGACAACGUUUUGAAAGUUCCGAAAUAUAAAAACCUUUGAAAAUUUCCGAUUUUGGGGGAUCAGAUCUUAGGAUGUUUCGGGGACUUCCGAAAAAUUUCCGGACCGUCCAGAAAACGUCAUUGCUUCGCUUUAAGAAUGUGAGAACAAUGCAAAGUGUAAAAUAUUUGUAAAUAUUAUUAGGAAUCGUGGUCUUGGGUGGAAACACUUUGAAAAUUAUAAUUGGUUGUGGUGGCGGUUCUACUGUAGUGUAAGCUGUCAUCGGUAGAGUAGGUUAGACGCGAGACGUCGUGAAUUUGAAACCUCUCUAGUUUUGGUGGCAAGGUCAAUGAACGGUUUAGAAAUAUAUAGCCAACUACCUCAUUAAAAGAUCCAGCGUCUGUGUUAUUCGUUUUCUUCAGUCAACACAGCCAUUCUUUGGGCCAGGGUCCCGAACAAGCCUUGCGGCGACAGGGCCCACAAUGUGUCUUUAUCAUGGGAAAGCAACACGUUUUGCGUCAAUACGGUACACAAUUCUUCUGAGAUUGAAUCGGCAUAGCAAUCAGGGACAUGGGGACAGGGUCCAGGCAUGCUAGGGCCGGGAACCA